UAACGGUCCUCACCCCGUUACUAUGGAAUCGCGUGAGCUAGUGAGGCGUACAGUGAUAACUUCCGUCAUCGUUAUUUUGAUAGUUGAAACACACCGUUAACCCGUGGUUAACUAACCCGGGUUAGUGAGAGGGGGAAAACCCUAGAAUUGGAUUCUUCGUAGUACAGUUAUAUGGGGUCGUGGACUUGGGUUAGUUUAGUUUUACAGUGGGGUUUGAUUAGGGUUAACAAAGAGGAGGAUUAAGUUAAUGACUACUUGUCAGUACCCACUAUUUGAUCGGGCAGCUUGACCUGCGUUUUCCUUUGCAAAAGAUCGAAGAGGCUGCCCGCGCUGCCCGUAAGCGCUUCGCUAUUCCCUCUCUGUAAUUCAGUUAUGACGCAGUGAAAAAAGAAAAAGGAAAGAAACAAGAGAAUGCAAGCUCUCUCCCUCUACGCCUUUCUCUCUCUAGCUCUCUCUCAUUAAAGCCUGCAAGAGCUCUCUCUCUCACACUAAAACCUGCAAAAGCUCUCUCUGUCUUACUGAAGCUUGCACGAGCUCUCUCUCUCUCUCUCUCUCUCUCUCUCUAAAUCUCUCUCUGGAGUAUUGGCUAUUGACGAUGAAGGUGAGCUUGCAGGAGUCUGAUGUAGUGUUUUGCGAGUUUUAGAGAGAGAAAGAAGCGGGAUCUGUAAGGUUCUGAAGGCCGCGUCUUAGCCAUUGAUAUGGAUAGCGACCGAGGUCCGACUCAGAUCUGUUCUUAUAUUCAGGGUUCGAUCGCAGGAGACACAAUGGCUUCACUCGUGCGUUGUGGAUUUGUCGGUGCUCUGUAUCAGAAACAGAACACUGCCGGGAAAUUGAUUCCCGGCGAUUUUGAUUGCCGGAAAAGUUGCAACGAGCCAGAGCCAGCAGAUGCUGACGACAACGGUGACGAUGACGAUGAAGACGACGACGGAGAUGAUGGUUUCGGUGAGGGCGAGGAGGAGUUGUCUUCAGAAGACGGAGGGGGGGGAGGUUACCGUAAAAAUCAGAAGCUGCCGGAAAAGACAGGUGGCACCACCGGUGGUGGCGGUGAAGGGGAAGAGAACGGAGAAGAUGCAGGGGAUGAUGACGAAGGGGAUGACGAUGAUGAUGAUGGUGAAGACGAUGAUGACGAUGAUGAUGGUGAAGAAGAUGAUGAUGAUGAUGAUGGGGAUGGUGAUGAUGGAGAGGAGGUGGAGGAGGAAGAGAAAGAAGAGGAGGAGGAGGAAGAUGAAGACGAGGAAGCUCUUCAGCCACCAAAGAAGAGAAAGAAAUAAAUAACCAGAAGAGCGAGAGAGAGAUUGUAGUUUUUUAGCUUAAUUUCUUUUAGAGAGAGAAAUGUUUUGUAGGUUUUUUUCCCCCUUUAAUAUUUACUUUUUAGGGUUAGGACUUGUGUUUUCUUUUUCUUGGUUUUAAGCUGGAUGAUUGGGUCGCUGACUUCGCCUAAAAGUGAAAGUAUGGUUUAUGAGAAGAAAGUUUGUAAUGACCAAUUAGUCCGUUAUUUGAAA